UUCUUGUCCUGAACGUUUGUUUGCGGGAAUACGUAAAAUUUGGAUCCGCCAAGCUUCACAAAUCUUCUUCUAAAUAUCAGUGUUCCGCCACGUGUGGGUUCAAAACGUGAUCACACGUUUUUGUGUGCAGAUCAGUUCAAAUGUCAUCGUGAAGUUUGAAACGUGUCUAUAUAUAUAUACAUAUAUAUGCUCACUUGCAGUUGGGUGAUAUUUCGGUGGUUGCAUUUGAACUGGUGAGCGUGCAAUGGCUGGAAACUGCAUUUCAAAAUCGAGAACGGUUUCUGAACAAGUUUCAUCAAGACGAACGCCGAGUCAGAGAUCCGUAUCACAACGUCAUUUGCUACAAAUUUGGAAAGAAGUCACCGAAAAAACAUGGAUUUCGCGUGAAUCGCCCGAAGGAGGUUGUGUUAUAAUCAACGACACCAGCUCACAAACGCGGCUUUUAGAAGAGAUUUUAAAACAAAAGCGAACCGUCACCUCAUAUGAAGGCUAUCUAGUCAAUGAAGAGGACAAUCUGGACCCAGGCGUUCUUACAGGUCAUCACAGCACAAAGAGCAAGUCGGUGGAGAGUUUUCCAUUAGAAAUUGUAGACUUGCCUGCGGAACCAGAUGGCAAGCAGAUUGACAUUCAUUUUGUGAAGGAAGGAAAUAUGGAUGAAAGAACUCAGACGGCAUUGAAACCUGAAGAUAUUGAUUGUGGGGUGUCUAUUCGCUCUAUGGGUUCAGACAAACAGCAGUGGUCCUUUUCUUUGUACAAUUUUGAAGAAAACGGUCGUAUUUCCAAAGAGGAUUUAACAAAUUUGGUGAAGUCAAUUUACGAUGCGCUAGGAAAGUCGGUUGACACAGCAAACAAGAAACAUUCACGCGAAGCCGUGAAGAAGGUCAAAGUUCAUAUCUCGUUGUCGAAAGAAAAAUCAUCGCGGGAGAUGCGGGGUGCUGCCGUCGUACCUCGUCGUGAGGUUGUCGUGGGUGCCGAGGAUCAUACGGCUGAGGCCGAGAAGCAGCUUGAGCGGUUGAAAUUAAAAGAGCAUACGUCAUCGCAAGAGGGCGUUGCAAAGAAACCAUCAAGACGAAGAAAAGAUGGUUAUUCCACUGUGCAGGUUUUGAAUAACGAUUUAGGUAAUGCCCGGCUGGCCUCAAACAAAUGCAAAUGUUGUUCAAGCACGCGAGAAAAUAAGAAGAGAUCACAAACUGAGAAAAACAGUAAUCUUUUAGCUGAUAAGCCCAGUAUCUCGACCAGGAGGAAAACUGAGCCGGGCGGGUGUUUUACCGUGGAGCAGAAGCCUGCGCAAGAACUGGCGCAAUUGGCUGAGAAAAAACUUAAAGUUCGAUCGCAGCGUCGUACACGACGUCGGUCUGCAUCUCCGGGUGGAAAUAUGCCAGGAUUUUCGCAUCUCCUGGGGGACGCGUAUCGCCGGCGGUACAUACUUCCGGCAGCCAUUCUCCUGUAGGGCGUUUAUCAGGGUACGCAUCGCCGAUACCAAUUAGCGGAGGUUCCAGGGAAGUGCCGUUAGAUCCAAGUUAUGCCUAUCACCCCGAGGAGAGUAACCAUGUUUAUAUGCACGCCACGCCCAGAACGACGCCUUUUGAAGAACCAAAAUACACGAGACGACACAAGAGUAAACACAGAAGACAGCGUGAUAACGGAGAAAAGCCCUCAGGGGUUUCCUAUCCCGGGGGAACGUCCAUCGUGCACAGACACGAACACGUUCAUCAUCACUAUCAUCAUUACGGAGAGAAGCGGUGAUCCUUUCGGAAGACUGGAAGCGGAUUGGCUAUGGUGAUGACGCCAGCUUACGUUACUAUGGAAACCACUGAUUGAAAUAGAAAAUAUCUUCCCUGGAGUCCUCAGGCGGGAAUGUGGUUUUCAAAUUCAAAUGCUUUUGGACAAAAAAAACGGGACGAUGUUUUGUGAAGUGAACCAGGUUUUAUGUAUGGCAGGUUUUGUUAAAAUUUUUCGUGAUACGUGAUUACCGUUUUCCGGUUUUCUCGUAACGUUUAUAUUAACUUUGGUAAAAAUGUAAUACAUGGAGGUCACGAGAUCCCUCAUUUUGUACAUUCACAUCGCUAAAGCGUUAACCAUGGUGAAGAUCUCCAGCAAGGGUGGAGGUUGGAACUUAGAUCUAAAUUUUCCAGGAACGUUAAAAGAUCUUUGUUCCACAAGUAAUAUUUUACGAUAGCUUGUAUAUAUGAUACUUUAUACACCCACAGCUAGUAUCAUUGUUGAACUACAUAUUAGUCCAUCUGUUUGCCCAUGAUUUUACAAAGAGCAAAAUCUGUGCAGUAAAACAGUGUCUGGAAACGCCAAUCAAAUCUUCACCUGAAUAUAACAAUCCUCAAUAUUACCACAUCCUUUUAAAGCGUGUUUUCCACUAGGCAAAUUUAUUCGCGCGAAUAGAUAAGAAGUAGAAAGCGAUUCUACUUUUUCGCGGCGAAUUUUUUCGCAAACCAACUAACAUCACCGAAUUUCAGAUCUUGGAAAACGGGCGUAAGGUCCGCUUUCAAUUUUUGCUGCGAUUUACGUGCGAUUUCUUCUUUUGAUGGAUGUGAACGAGUGAAUUAGUUACCGAUGUUAUUUGAGGUUCAAAUUGGAGCUCGUACACAUCAGAGCAUUCUUAACUAAUUACUCGUUUACAUCUAUGAAAAGAAGAAAAUCGCAAGUGUAGACGGGCUUUUAAACUCUCGCAAGUAUUCUGGGAUGGUGCAUGUGCGUAAGUUUACAAAAAUGUUGUAUUACCGGGUGAAUGGUUUGGCAAAGACUUUUAAUUUCAAGGAGAUAUAUUGCUGAGUAGUGUAUUAUAUACGAUUUAAUUCAAAAGACGCCGAUGUA